GGAGGCCGCAGGGCUCGGCUCGGCCCGGCCCAGAACGGCGGCGGCAUCAGCGGACACCGAGAGGGCGGAGAGGCGGCGGCAGCGGUGUGCCCCGUGAGGCGCCCGGCAAAGGCAUCGAGAAUGAAAUUGCUGUGGAAAGCUAAAAUGACCACAAUUCAGGACUGGGGUGAAGAGGUAGAAGAAGGAGCUGUUUACCAUGUCACCCUGAAAAGAGUGCAGAUUCAGCAGGCUGCCAACAAAGGAGCAAGAUGGCUUGGGGCUGAAGGGGACCAGUUACCUCCAGAACAUACUGUCAGCCAGUAUGAAACAUGCAAGAUCAGGACUAUAAAAGCUGGAACUCUGGAGAAACUUGUGGAGAACCUUCUGACAGCUUUUGGGGAUAAUGAUUUUACCUACAUCAGUAUCUUUCUCUCAACAUACAGAGCCUUUGCUUCUACUAAGGAAGUAGUGGAACUUCUCCUUGACAAGUAUGGAAACCUCGAGACCUUAACCUGUGGCACAGUUGAAAACCAGAAUUCCUCUGAAUCCAAAGCAGUACUCAGGAUUGCCAUUGCAUCAAUCUUACGAGCUUGGCUUGAUCAGUGCUCUGAGGAUUUCAGAGAGCCCCCUGACUACCCAUGUUUGCUGAAGCUGCUGCAUUACCUGCAAAUGAACAUGCCUGGCUCUGACCUGGAGAGGAGGGCACAGAACCUCUUGGAGCAGUUCCAGAACCAAGAAGUGGAAAAUGACAAUGGGUUCCAUUAUACUUCCCCCUGUAACCUAGAUGAUGAAGAGGAGCUGGAGAUCAGCAGUCCAGAAGCCUUUUCUUUUUUUCAAGAAGACCUUGUGGCAGAGCAGCUGACAUACAUGGAUGCAAAACUCUUCAAGAAGGUUGUGCCCUACCACUGCUUGGGAUGCAUCUGGUCUCGAAGGGAUAAAGAAGAAAACAAGCACUUGGUACCUACUGUCAGAGCCACCAUCUCUCAGUUCAAUGCAGUUACCAAAUGUGUUCUCAGCACUAUCCUGAAGAGCAAAGAACUCAAAACACAGCAAAGAUCCAAGAUCAUUGAGAAGUGGAUUCAUGUUGCACACGAAUGUAGGAUGCUGAAGAAUUUUUCCUCCUUGAGAGCCAUCAUUUCAGCACUCCAGUCCAACUCCAUCUAUCGGCUAAAGAAGACCUGGGCAUGUGUUCCAAAGGACAUAAUGCUGAUGUUUGAAGAGCUGUCUGAUAUCUUCUCAGACCAUGACAAUUACUUGACAACUAGGGAGCUGCUAAUGAAGGAAGGAACAUCCAAAUUUGCCAAUCUGGAGAGCAGUGUGAAAGAAAAUCAGAAAAGGACACAGAGGCGACUGCAGCUUCAAAAAGAUAUGGGAGUAAUGCAAGGCACUGUGCCUUACCUUGGUACCUUCCUCACUGAUCUUGUCAUGCUUGACACAGCCCUUCAGGACUCUGUUGAGGGUGGCCUCAUCAAUUUUGAGAAGAGGCGAAAGGAAUUUGAAGUUAUUGCCCAAAUUAUGCUCUUGCAAUCUUCAUGUAACAACUAUUGCAUGACACCAGACCAAAAAUUCAUUUGUUGGUUCAGGAGACAGCAGGAUAUAACAGAGGAGGAGAGUUUCAGCCUCUCACGUGAGGUGGAAGCAGCUCCUGACACUACCGCGACGUCGCCGAAAUCUCGGAAGAGCAUGGUGAAGAGGUUCAGCCUCAUGUUUCUAGGCUCUGAGAUGCUCGCCCACAGCACACCCAUCAAAGAACAAUCCAAAUCUACUCCAGGUGGGAGCUCCAGUGAAAGCACAGACUCAGCCAGUGUGUCUUCAUGUGAGCUUAAUCACUCUGAAUCUGAAGAUGUCUGCAUCAGUCCCAUAGGCACUCCUGAUGAGGCUCAGAAAAAGCUCUCUGAAUCCUCCUCCUCCACAUCCUCCUCCUCCUCCUCCACACAUUCCAUGGACACAUCAUCCUCAGGGGUGUCAUCUUUAAUCUCAUCUCCUAUCGUGCUGCCCUCUGAUGAGAAGUGCUCCAUCUCCAUUACCUCCAAAGAUUUGCCUCCUGUUUACAACCAGCAGAACAAAGAUUCCUGCAUCAUCCGGACGAGCAUCGAGGAGAGCAAUGGCAACAUGUACAAAAGCAUUGUGCUAACGAGCCAAGACAAAACUCCUGUUGUCAUCCAGAGAGCUAUGUUGAAGCACAACCUCAGUGCUGACACAGCAGAGGAUUAUGAGCUUGUACAAAUCAUCUCAGAGAAAAAAGAGCUGGUGAUCCCAGGCAAUGCCAACGUCUUCUACGCUAUGAACAGCCACGGGAACUUUGAUUUCAUCCUGAGGAGAAAACCUAUGGACAGUGGGGAAAAAAUCCUGAGCCCCUGCAGCCUGAUGCUUCCCAGGACUCCAAAGAGGAGCUGCUGGAGUGGCAGGCCCAGCAAAAUUGCACUGUGAUGGGGCUGGGGGCUGGCUGAGCACAGGAGCUGUGUCACACCCAGCAGGACAGAAUCACAGCUGAUGAAUGUAUCCAUCCGGCUCUGAAAACGUUUGAAGCUGAAAUGCAAAGUCACCCACAGGAAGUCUCUCUCAUCCCUUGCAGCCAGAUGUUGCCAGACAGAUUUGCAGGACUCUCUGGACUGGAAUUUUGGUGUGUUUGGGUUUGGUUUUUUUAAUUUUACUUUUUGUUUUGCACAUUAGCCAAAGGUGAGAAUCCCUCUCAGAGGGGAAAACAAGACUUCAGCAUUUGUCUGAAGUACACCACAGAAGCCAACUCUCUUUGUGAGUAAACCUUUUCCUUUGUGCCAGUAUUACACAGAAGAAAGCCUAAAUUUAUUUUUAUAGAACUGGAGAAGAAAAGUCUCAAGACAAUUCUGCCUGAACCAAGGAGGAGGCCCCGGGUGGCCUCCAGCAAGCUUAAGGAGAGCACUGGUUAGCAGAAGGUGUGUGAGUUGAGUGCCACCAGCAGAUGCUGCCUCCAGGAGGCAUUUUGGAUCCACAGACAAAGCAGGGUGGGCACAUCCUGGGACAACUCAUCCCUGCAGCCAGGGAGCACAGCAGGUGUGGGUAUUGCUGUCACACAGCUGUCAAACUCAGUUUGGUUUUUCUUUUUUUUUUUUUUUUUGCACUUGUUCCACACCAGAAAAGAACCUAUUUUGGAUAUUUUUUUUUCCAAAGACUGGACUUGCCUCUGGAUGAAUGCCAUGGAUUGUUCCCAAACAAGACAAACACUAUUUGUCUGGAUUUAGGUUGUAUCCUAAUGCCACCCCAGGGUGGUUUUCCUUUUCCUUUGCUAACCUGUGGGACAGAAAUCAAUGCCUUUUGUGUGUACUCUGAAAUGCCUGAUGUACCUCCUUGUAAUGUGCAAUCACUCAUCAAGAGCAAAACCUUUUUUAACUCACAUUUUCAUUCCUGAGGGGCAGUGGCUUGGCCUUUUAUUUUAAAAGUGGGCAUUGAGAGGAGACAGAUGGGUUUGAAGCAUUACUGCAACCAACCAGAUUUUCUACACUUUAUUAAUAUUAUAGACAACCUCCCAGCACCUCCCUUGGUCUUUCUAGAGAUCUAUUUAAUGAAUUUCCUGACAUGGUACAUCCUUGCAGCUGGAAUAAAGGAUUUUAUCAUCUCCUCUUUGUGAAACUCUAAAUACCACACUUUUUGAGCCUUUCCCCACAACACAGCCUUCCUUGAAAGCACAGUGAGAGGUUUUAUUUUAAAAAGCUAUAACUGAGACAUUGGACUGUAAGCAAUCCUAACUGAAUAGCCUGAUUUUCAGAUAUAUAUUAAUUAAACAAACUUAUGCUCCAUUUUUUUACAUGCCUGGGCCUUCUCCCCCCAAGUUCUGUAGCACUAAUUUCCAAAAUUGGGCUCAGCUGACAUUAAUGCUCAGCAAUAAAUUCCUGAUGCAAAGUGUUGGGUUGUUCCUUUUACACUGCACGGAGCUUUCUCACCUGUGUUGCACUGUGCAGUUCCUAAGCUGAAGAGUUUCAGAACUCCAGUUGCAUUUUUUUAUUGAGAGGGUGAAGAUGGUGAGUUUGUGGCUGAACUUCUGCCCAAGACUCCAAGGGAAGUUCAGUUUUCAUUGCAUUUCAGUGUAAGUGUUAAUGUCUGGAUAGCAGCAUUUGUUAAGUGUAGGAUUGUUCACUCAGAGGUUGUAUGUUUGAAGUUGAAAGGUGAAUGUUCUUGAUUUUAAAGUUACACUCUCCCAAAAGUUAUAAAUAUGAAAAGAUUUUUUUUUAAUUGCUUACCUGUAAUCUUUAUAAAAUAAAUAUAAAAAUUGUUUUUCACUAA